AUGGCACCCCGGAAGUCCUUGUUAGGACCGACGCUGAAGGCGUUGACCGUUAAAUACCAAGAGUUACAAGCAGCGCUCAAUGACAUCUUCAAAUUUGCUGAUAAAGUUAAGGCGGAAACAACCGCUUCCCAGGUGAGUGUGCGCUUGGAAAGUCUCAACAAGCUGUGGGAUGUUUUGUGCACUACCUUGGUGGAAAUCAAAUCCCACAAAGACUACAACCCUGAGGAUGACCCUACCUACAAAAAGGACCGCGAAACGUUGACUGAAGGCUAUUACCGAGUAAAAUCCCUUCUACUGGACAAGCUGAAGGAACGACAGGAAGUUCCUUGUGAACCGACCCACAACGACACGAUUGUUGGGGGGACUGAUCACGCCCGUUUGCCUCAGAUCAAGCUUCCUAUGUUCAAGGGGAACAUCGACGAGUGGCUGAGUUUUCGUGACUUGUUCCUCUCACUCAUCCACUGGAAGUCUGACCUACCGGAUGUGGAAAAGUUCCACUACCUAAAGAAUUGUCUUGACGACAAGCCCAAGAGGAUCAUCAGUGGACUUUCAACCACGUCGGUCAACUGCAAGCUGGCAUGGGAUCGUUUGCAGAGGUACUACAACAACCACAAGGUUCUUAAGCAGCGACUGGUGCAAUCGUUGUUUACCCUUCCAACCCUCGCCGAGGAAUCUGCCACCGAUCUGCAUUCCCUCGUUGACGAGUUCGAGCGUGUUCUGAACACCCUCGAUCAGGUGGUCUCACCCGUUGACUACAAGGAUCUUCUGCUGGUUAAUUUACUCGUUACGCGUCUGGAUCCUGUUACGCGUCGCGCAUGGGAGGAAGUAUCUACGGCGAAAGAUUUGGUUAGAGAUUCGCUAGGUGAUUUUGCAGAUGAUUCAAGGGAGGAAUCUGCUAACGACACGACGAAGGACACGUUGAAGGACUUGUGCGAUUUCCUAAACCGACGCAUUCGAGUUUUGGAGAGUUUGCCACCGAAAACUGUGAACAAUCGGGCUGUUCAACACCAACAACAACAGUACGUUCCCAAAUCCAAGGCAAAAAAGGUUAGUCACAGUACGGUGCAACAUGCUGGCUACACGUGCGUGGCUUGUAAGGACAACCACUUACUCUACCAGUGUUCUGCAUUCCAACGGUUGGCGGUGUCGGAGAGGGACGCAUUACUCAAGACGCAUGCCCUCUGUCGCAACUGCUUCAGAACUGGUCACCAAGCCAAAAACUGCACGUCCAAGUACAGUUGCAGGAACUGCAAGGGUCGGCACCAUACUUUGGUAUGCUUUCAACAACAACCGGAAAGGGACAACGCGGUGACGGCACUCGCGGUUGCAGGAAGCAACAACCCUUCCAACUCCAAGGAAACCCAAGGUCCGACAACAUCACACGUGGCAAACAUGGCAGCCACGAACCCAUCCGUAUCAGGCGCAGCAACCCAAGCUGCAUCCCAAGUGCUGUUGGCUACAGCAGUGCUCAUUAUCGAGGACGAUGAUGGCAAUCGGUACCCUGCUCGCGCACUCCUCGACUCGGGGUCGGAGAGUAACUUCAUAUCAGAGCGACUGGCGCAGCUGAUGAAGGUCACGCGAGAAAAGGUGGACAUUUCCGUGCUAGGAAUCGGUCAAUCUGGCACAAAGGUUAAGCACAAGAUUCACGCAACGGUGCGGUCUCGGUUAUCCAACUUCGAGCGAGACAUGAACUUCUUGGUGCUCUCGAAGGUUACGGUCAAUCUGCCAACAACAAUAAUCGCAACAAAUGGAUGGUCGAUUCCGGACGGAAUUGAAUUGGCAGAUCCAGCAUUCUUCCAGUCCAAGAAGGUGGACAUCGUCCUUGGCAUUGAAUGCUUUUUCGAGUUCUUUGAAACCGGUCGAAGAAUUCCCCUGGGAGACAAUCUACCAGCGCUGAACGAGUCGGUGUUCGGCUGGGUGGUAUCCGGUGGUCUCUCGGUUCCAUGCAACUCCACGCAGGUGAAGUGCAACGUGUCAACCUCAGAGAAGAUGGAAACUCUGAUGGCACGGUUCUGGUCGGCUGAAGACGUCGGUUUGGACGACGCGUUCUCUCCCGCUGAAAGGCGCUGCGAAGAGAGCUUCCAACACACGGUUCAACGGUUAUCCGACGGUCGGUAUUCCGUUUCCAUGCCUAAGGUCGAAGGUGGAAUCUCCAGGUUGGGCGAAUCCAAGGAAAUUGCGUUGCGACGGCUGCACGCAACCGAGCGCAGACUGGCAAGGGACGCCAAUUGGCGGAAACAGUAUACAGAUUUCAUGGACGAAUAUCUGGAACUGGGUCACAUGUCCAAGGUCGAAGAAACAACUCCAACCCAGGUCAACCGGUGUUUUCUACCGCACCAUCCGGUGGUCAAGGAGGCCAGUACCACCACCAAAUGCAGAGUUGUUUUCGACGCUUCUUGUAAAACAUCUUCUGGAGUCGCACUGAACGAUGUGUUGCUGGCAGGGCCGGUAAUCCAAGAAGAUUUGCGCUCUAUCAUUCUGCGGAGUCGGAUCAAGCCGGUUAUGCUUGUGUCUGACGUAGAGAAGAUGUUCCGUCAGAUCAUGGUCCACCCAGAGGAACGGCCAUUGCAAUCCAUUCUGUGGCGUUUUCCUCCGGACGAGGAAGUUGGCAUCUACGAGCUGAAAACCGUCACUUACGGCACCAAGCCCGCUCCAUUUCUCGCAACCAGAACGCUAAAACAACUAGCGACGGAUGAUGGACCUCGAUUUCCGCUUGCUGCACGGGCAGUCAACCAAGACACCUACAUGGAUGACGUCAUCACCGGAGCUGAGGACGUGCAGUCAGCAAUCGAACUUCGGAAGCAGCUAGACGAGAUGAUGCUACGAGGCGGUUUCAAGCUUAGGAAAUGGGCAUCAAAUCGACAGGAAGUGCUAGCUGGGAUUGCUGAGGAAAACCUAGCGAUUAGCAUGGAGGAAAUCAACCUUGACACGGACCCUGGAGUGAAAACUCUUUGUCUCACAUGGAUGCCGAAAACGGACACGCUAAAGUUCCAGUUCAACAUUCCCGAUUUGGACAAGGUGCUGCUAGGACCGGUCAUCGUAACGGCCAAGAUUUUCAUGCAAUCUCUGUGGACGUUGCUGAACCCGAACGGAGAACGUUUGGAUUGGGAUGAGGCGGUACUUGAAAUGGUGGGGUAG